AUAUUUUAGACAGUCCCGCCGCUGCCAUUUUUCAUUCUAGAAAAGACUUACGGAAUUUGUUUGAACCAAUUAUUUGUUGUUUGUAGCUGCUAGUUAUCGACUGAGAUUUUUGAAAUGAGUUUGGGAAGUGUAAAAAGUGGAAAAAAGAAAAACGAAGGUUUCCUUUCGCGUAAAGCAAAGGCAAAACCACUUAGUGAAGAUGAAUUGCUUAAGAAACCGUUUAUAACUGUUGAUGACGUUAGUCAACUUACUAAGAUUACAGAAAAGUACUUAUGUUCGCCAGAAGCAAAUAUCUACAAUAUCGACUUUACACGUUUUAAGCUUCGCGACAUCGACAGUGGAAAUGUCUUAUUUGAAGUAUGCAAACCGGAGACACCAGAUUCAAGUCAAGGUAACGCCACGGACGAAGAUCCGAAUGGCGGUCGUUUCAUACGUUAUCAAUUUACACCGUCUUUUCUGAAGUUGAAACUUGUCGGUGCAACUGUGGAGUUUUCGAUUGGUGAUAAACCAAUUAGUAAAUUUCGAAUGAUAGAAAGACAUUAUUUUCGUGAUCAACUGCUCAAAAGUUUUGAUUUUGAAUUUGGUUUUUGCAUUCCGAACAGUCGCAAUUCUGUCGAACAUAUCUACGAAUUUCCGCAACUUACUCAAGAACAAAUUAACGAAAUGGUCUCCAGUCCAUAUGAAACACGUUCCGAUAGUUUCUACUUUGUUGAUGAUCGUUUGGUAAUGCACAACAAGGCUGACUAUUCCUACAACGGGGGUCAAUGAACUUUCUAAGAGCGCUUUUUUAAUUACUAUAUAUCAUGUCUCAAUUCUUUGUGAAAAUGAACAUUUCUAUCUCAUCUAGUCUACUUUAUGUUUUGGUCACACCUAUUGUAAGAAAAAAAGAUUAACUUCUUGAAGACAUUCAUCACAGAACUACGAAUUUGUCCGUCCUUUUUCGGCUGUUCUCCUUCACGUUUGUUGCCUAAAAUCGAUAUGUACUUAUAAUUAAAGCCUUGCAAUUAGAAAUGUAUUUUUCAUGAAAACAUGAUUAAUGUAUGAAAGAGACGAGUAGUAAAUGAUUACAGUUUCGUCCAUAAAUUUAUGAUUUUAAAUAUUUUGAUGGAUCGGGCAUGCUAAACGGUAUGCCGCUGGGGUAUCCAGCAUAAGCGCCCAUUUGGCCCCCUGCGCCUCCCAUUAGCGUUGGAUUAUAAACGGGAUAAGCGACGUUCUGUGUAACUUGUGGAGUGUAAGAUGGUUGGGCAAAAUUAUUGCUCAGCUGCUCUUCUAAUUUAUCAACCUUCAGUCUGAGACUAUGGUUUCUUGUUCUUUGUGGUAUAUAUUCUUCCAGAAACGUUUGAACGGACUUAGCACCAUCCAAGAAUUCUUUUCCAAUAUUCUGUAGAGAAACAAUAUAAUAAACAAGGAGUAUUCAAAAUUAAAUAUUUACGUCAGUGCUUUCUUCGACUUUAGCAGCCUCCGCUUUUAGGAGAUUUAAGGACGUAUCGGGUGAAUUUAACGAAAUUAAAGUAUCUAUAAAUAUUGAAAAAGAAAAAUUUUAUUAGUCAUAAAGCGCCUAUUAUUAAAUAACUGUAAAGAUUAGGGGUUUUAUUAUAUUUUUCUGGUUAUAGAUAUAUAUCACACCUAAUCUCAGUUUUGCUUUGUCAAACUCUUUUAAAUAAUUCGUGUAUUCUUGAUAAACUGCUGCCAAGUUUGUUUUGGCAGCUUCCAAUUUUGGUUGAAGAUUCAUAUUAUCUUGUGCAAUUUUUUUAAGUUUUUUU